AAAAUUUUCCAUUUUCGAUGGAGGGAGAAUUAGAUCUAACGAGUGAGGAGGAGAGGGACACCAUUCCAAUUAAGAUCGGAAUCAUAGGGGAAGCCAAUCUGGACAGGCCCAUUUAUUUGGAGGAGCGCAUGGAAUAUGCUGUUUGCACGCCCUUCGGCAAGCCAUCGGAUGUGAUUAUCGAUGGCCAGAUAGAAGGCGUUAACGUGUCGCUCCUAUCGCGAAAUGGCAGGAACCACGACAUCAUGCCGAGCAACAUCAACUACCGGGCAAAUGUAUGGGCCAUGCGUAAGAUGGGCUGCACCCACAUCCUGGUUACGAACACAUACAGCUCCCUGAGGGACGACUUCCAACCAGGACAUCUGGUUGUGCCCCACGAUGUGAUCGAUCAGACGACGAGGCGAGCUCAAACCUUUUACGAUGGCGCUGUGGGCAGUCCCUUGGGCGUCUGUCACGUUCCCAUGAAUCCUGCCUUUUGCGAACGCACUAGACAGCAUCUUGUGGGUGCCGCUAAGGAGUUGGACUUCCCCACGCGAUCCAGUGGAACCGUGCUCACCCUCGAAGGACCACGUUACUCCACCGUUUCGGAGAAUAAUAUGUUCCGCAAGUGGGGCGCCGAUCUCCUAAGCAUGACCCUGUGUCCCGAGGCCACGUUGGCCAAGGAGGCCGGCAUCCUCUACGCUUCCUUGGGCCUGAUUACCAACAUGGAGUGCUGGUGUGCCCAGCAGCCCAAUGCAACCACGCACGAAAUAUUCUACAUCUUCAAGAAGCAAUCGGAAAACCUCCAAAAGGUCAUGACCACGGCCAUUAAAACUAUGGCUGCAGAGGAUUGGGCUGAGGAUAUACUGAAGGCAAAGAUUUUGGUGUGCAGUAACUUUGCAAAUAAUAAAUGAUAUUAUGGCCUCAUGAUAAAUAUUUCGUUACAAAAUUAAAAUGAUCUUAUAUUUUUUAACUGUUUCAAAA